GGCUCCCGCACUUCGCCAGCCAGUGCCUCGAGCCCGCCGCGAGUUCGGGCUCCCGCGAGCUCUCCGGGUGCAGCCUCCGCCUCCCGCCGCCCCAGCGCCUGUCGAGGACUCGGCGCCCCUCGUUGCGUCCUUGCCGCUUCUCCUGCCGCUGCGCCGGCGUCCACACAGGUCCCUGCUGGGCACAAACAGCUCCACCAUGGGGCUAGCCUGGGGACUCAGCGUCCUGUUGCUAGUGCAUGUGUGUGGCACCAACCGAAUUCCAGAAUCUGGGGGAGACAACAGCGUGUUUGACAUCUUUGAACUCACUGGGGCCGCACGCAAGGGCUCUGGGCGUCGGCUGGUGAAAGGCCCUGACCCAUCCAGCCCAGCUUUCCGCAUUGAGAAUGCCAACCUGAUCCCCCCUGUGCCCGAUGACAAGUUCCAAGACCUAGUGGAUGCUGUGAGAGCAGAGAAAGGCUUCCUCCUCCUGGCCUCACUGAGGCAGAUGAAGAAGACCCGGGGCACGCUGCUGGCGGUGGAGCGGAAAGACCACUCCGGCCAGAUCUUCAGCGUGGUCUCCAACGGCAAGGCGGGAACCCUGGACCUGAGCCUGAGCGCGCAGGGGAAGCAGCAAGUAGUGUCAGUGGAGGAAGCUCUCCUGGCCACUGGCCAAUGGAAGAGUAUCACCCUGUUUGUGCAGGAAGACAGGGCCCAGCUGUACAUUGACUGCGAGAAGAUGGAGAAUGCUGAGCUGGAUGUCCCCAUCCAAAACAUCUUCACCAGGGACUUGGCCAAUAUCGCCAGGCUGCGCAUCGCAAAGGGAGACGUCAAUGACAAUUUCCAGGGGGUGCUGCAGAAUGUGAGGUUUGUCUUUGGAACCACACCAGAAGACAUCCUCAGGAACAAAGGCUGCUCCAGCUCUGCUACCAAUGUCCUUCUCACCCUCGACAACAAUGUGGUGAAUGGCUCUAGCCCUGCCAUCCGCACUAACUACAUUGGCCACAAGACGAAGGACCUGCAAGCCAUCUGUGGCAUCUCCUGUGAAGAGCUGUCCAACAUGGUCCUGGAGCUCAGGGGCCUGCGCACCAUCGUGACCACGCUGCAGGACAGUAUCCGCAAAGUGACGGAAGAGAAUAAAGAAUUGGCCAAUGAGCUGAGGAGGCCUCCACUCUGCUAUCACAACGGCGUUCAGUACAGGAAUAACGAGGAAUGGACUGUGGAUAGCUGCACCGAGUGUCACUGUCAGAACUCAGUUACCAUCUGCAAAAAGGUGUCCUGCCCCAUCAUGCCCUGCUCCAAUGCCACGGUUCCUGAUGGAGAGUGCUGCCCACGGUGCUGGCCCAGUGACUCUGCAGAUGACGGCUGGUCGCCCUGGUCUGAGUGGACUUCCUGUUCUGUAACAUGUGGCAAUGGAAUUCAGCAGCGUGGCCGGUCUUGCGACAGCCUCAACAACCGAUGUGAGGGCUCUUCCGUCCAGACACGAACCUGCCACAUUCAGGAGUGUGACAAGAGAUUUAAACAGGAUGGCGGCUGGAGCCACUGGUCCCCAUGGUCAACUUGUUCUGUGACGUGCGGUGAAGGUGUGAUCACAAGGAUCCGGCUCUGCAACUCUCCCAGCCCCCAGAUGAAUGGGAAACCAUGUGAAGGCGAAGCCCGGGAGACCAAACCCUGCAAGAGAGACGCCUGCCCCAUCAAUGGAGGCUGGGGGCCCUGGUCACUGUGGGACGUCUGCUCUGUCACCUGUGGAGGAGGGCUGCAGAAACGUAGCCGGCUCUGUGACAACCCCAUGCCGCAGUUUGGAGGCAAAGACUGUAUCGGUGAUACGACAGAAAGCCAAGUCUGCAACAAGCAGGACUGUCCAAUUGAUGGAUGCCUGUCCAAUCCUUGCUUUGCUGGGGCCAAGUGUACUAGCUAUCCCGAUGGCAGCUGGAAAUGUGGCGCUUGUCCUCCUGGUUACACUGGAAAUGGCAUCCAGUGUGAAGAUGUAGAUGAGUGCAAAGAAGUGCCUGAUGCCUGCUUUAACCACAAUGGAGAACACAGAUGCAAGAACACCGAUCCUGGGUAUAACUGCCUGCCCUGCCCACCACGUUUCACAGGCACACAGCCGUUCGGCCGGGGUGUGGAACAUGCCACAGCCAACAAACAGGUGUGCAAGCCCCGAAACCCCUGCACUGACGGGACACACAACUGUAACAAGAACGCCAAAUGCAACUACCUGGGCCACUACAGUGACCCCAUGUACCGCUGCGAGUGUAAACCUGGCUAUGCUGGCAAUGGCAUCAUCUGCGGAGAGGACACAGACCUGGAUGGCUGGCCCAAUGAGGACCUGGUGUGCGUAGCCAAUGCUACCUACCACUGCAAAAAGGACAACUGUCCCAACCUCCCCAAUUCAGGGCAGGAAGACUAUGACAAGGAUGGAAUUGGUGAUGCCUGUGAUGAUGAUGAUGACAACGAUAAAAUUCCAGAUGAUAGGGACAACUGUCCAUUCCAUUACAACCCAGCCCAGUAUGACUAUGACAGAGAUGAUGUGGGAGACCGCUGUGACAACUGCCCAUACAACCACAACCCAGACCAGGCAGACACAGACAACAACGGGGAAGGGGAUGCCUGUGCUGCAGACAUUGAUGGAGACGGUAUCUUCAAUGAACGAGACAACUGCCAGUAUGUCUACAAUGUGGACCAGAGGGACACGGAUAUGGAUGGGGUUGGGGAUCAGUGUGACAACUGCCCCCUGGAGCACAACCCAGAUCAGCUGGACUCUGACUCAGACCGCAUUGGGGAUACUUGUGACAACAAUCAGGACAUUGAUGAAGAUGGCCACCAGAACAAUCUGGACAACUGUCCCUAUGUGCCCAAUGCCAACCAGGCUGACCAUGAUAAAGAUGGCAAGGGAGAUGCCUGUGACCAUGAUGAUGACAAUGAUGGCAUUCCUGAUGACAGGGAUAACUGCAGGCUGGUGCCCAAUCCCGACCAGAAAGACUCUGAUGGUGAUGGUCGAGGUGAUGCUUGCAAAGAUGACUUUGACCAUGACAGUGUGCCAGACAUCGAUGACAUCUGUCCUGAGAAUGUUGACAUCAGUGAGACUGAUUUCCGCCGAUUCCAGAUGAUUCCCCUAGAUCCCAAAGGGACAUCACAAAAUGACCCUAACUGGGUUGUACGCCAUCAGGGUAAAGAACUCGUCCAGACUGUGAACUGUGAUCCUGGACUUGCUGUAGGUUUUGAUGAGUUUAAUGCUGUAGACUUCAGUGGUACCUUCUUCAUCAACACCGAAAGGGAUGAUGACUAUGCUGGAUUUGUGUUUGGCUACCAGUCCAGCAGCCGCUUCUACGUCGUCAUGUGGAAGCAAGUCACCCAGUCCUACUGGGACACCAACCCCACCCGGGCUCAGGGAUACUCAGGCCUUUCUGUGAAAGUCGUGAACUCCACCACGGGACCUGGCGAGCACCUGCGCAAUGCCCUGUGGCACACAGGCAACACCCCGGGCCAGGUGCGCACUCUGUGGCAUGACCCUCGUCACAUAGGCUGGAAAGAUUUCACUGCCUACAGAUGGCGUCUCAGCCACAGGCCAAAGACAGGGUUCAUUAGAGUGGUGAUGUAUGAAGGGAAGAAAAUCAUGGCUGACUCUGGACCCAUCUAUGACAAAACCUACGCUGGUGGUAGACUAGGAUUGUUUGUCUUCUCUCAAGAAAUGGUGUUCUUCUCUGACCUGAAAUAUGAAUGUAGAGAUUCCUAAUCAUUGAACUGUUGAUCAGAGUACUGGUCAUAACCAAAGCUGGUUUUGCACCUUCCGGAACAAAGAGCUUGAGAAACCCCCAGGAUCACUCCUCCUUGCCUUCCUCUUUUCUCUGCUUGCAUCAGUGUGGACUCCUAGAACAUACGACCUUCCUCAAGAAAAUGCAGCUUUCAAAUGCAGACUUGGCAUUCAGCCUCCAAUGAACGAGAAAACAUCGUCCCAAGAAUACAAUGACUGGUUUGCUUCUAAGAAAGCAAAAGCUUCUACUUGCUUCCACUGGAAAUGUGCCCACUCCACUCCGCUUUCGUUCCCAGGCAGGGUGCUCUUGUGGGGCCCUCUCUGAGCAGUGGACUCAGAAACAUUUUCAGGCAUGCAAGAGAAGGGAGGACUCACUAGAAUUAGCCAACAAAACCAGCCCUGACACACUCCCUUAGGAAGAAGGGGAGAAGGGGCCAAAGCACCAAGGCGAGGGCGCAUACCCAAGAGGCAACUGUAUGGAGAAAAUGCGGAGGAACUGUUACACUUUGGUACCAAAUCACUUUCAGGGGAUUGAAAGACUAUUGCUGGAUUUCAUGAUGCUGACCAGUGUUAGCUGAUUAGCCCACAUAACCAGGCACUUAAAUAGAAGUAGGGAAGGGAGGGGAAGCCUGGCUUCUGAUGUCUACCCAAUCCCCACCCCUUACAUAUCACCUAUGGCGGCCACAGCGCAGAGAGGCCAAAGCUUGAGGCAGCCUUGCCUGGCCACAUGGAAAUGGGUGGUUUUCUUCCGGGUGUACCUUGUGCAGAUGUAACAAGAGAAGAGCAAAACCUACCAUCUCAGUGAGCUCCAGCUGCUUCCCAAGGGAGGGGCAGCUGCGCUUAUAUUUUUAUGGUUAGAAAGGCACAAAACUCUUACCAGCUUAACUAAAACAUUCCUUUUCUCUCUUUGUACCUGAAUUACCAUGGAGUUUUCCAACUCUGUCUUUUGGACUAUAAUUUUUUGGUUUGUUGUUCUUGUUUUUGUUUUGUUUUAUAAACGCUUUACAAUGUAAGAUAUUUAUUUUUUACCUAUGCUGGAGGAUCUGUCUGAAGGAUUAUUGUGGAACAGGAAGAAGCGGAAGGGCUAUCCAUAUCAUCUUUGCUGGGAGUCUUCAUGACUGUAAGAUUGUAAAUACAGAUUAUUUAUUAACUCUGUUCUACCUGGAAUUAGAUUUCAUACGGAAAGUGUUUGAGAGCAGGUAGCUGAGCUUUAUCAGCAAAUCUCAUAACAAACUGCUUUUGACUUUGUGCUUAGAGUGAAUGAUUUGGAAUUUUUUUCUUUGUUUGUCUUGUCUUUUGAAGUGGAAUUAGUUGGUUGUCCAUUUGCAAGUGUUUUAGAUUGCAAAGAAAGCCAUCAGAUCUUUAAUACUAUUUUACCCCCUAGCCUCGUGCCUAUCUCCAGGGAGAAGUAAAGUAUAUACACCUAUUUUUUUUCAUUUUUCCAAAAGAGAAAAAAAUGACAAAGGUGAAACUUACAUACAAAUAUUACCUCAUUUGUUGUGUGACUGAGUACAGAAUUUUUGGAUCAAGCAGAGUUUUAGUGUCUAACAAACUUAUAGCUACUGUAGUACCUAAAAAAGUCAAUGUUGUACAUAGUAUAAAAAUUCUUUGCAAAAAAGUAUUCCCAUAAGGAAAUAGCAUUGAAAUGUUUAAUACAAUUUCUGAAAGUUAUGUUUUUUCUACCAUCUUGUAUACCAUUGCUUUAUUUUUAUAAAUUAUUUUCUCAUUGCCAUUGGAAUAGAUAUCUCAGAUUGUGUAGAUAUGCUAUUUAAAUAAUUUAUCGGGAAAUACUGCCUGUAGAGUUAGUAUUUCUAUUUUUAUAUGUUUGCACACUGAAUUGAAGAAUUGUUGGGUUUUUGUUUUGUUUUGAUUUGUUUUUCGCUUUUACUCCCCAGUUUUUACUAUUUUCCAGUACCUUUUUCUAGAAAUGUGCUUUUUUGUACACAUUUUUAUCCAUUUUACAUUCUGAAGCAGUGUAACUUGUAUAUUACUGUUUCUUAUGUACAAGGAACAAAAAUAAAUCAUAUGGAAAUUUAUAUUUAUACUUAA